GGUUCUGGCACAAUAAACGUUUCUAUAUUUUGCUUGCGUAACAGUGCCAUCUCAGAUGACACCCUUUUGCAUAGCUGUAGCUGUAGUAGAAUGAGUUCAGCGAUCACGUGAUGAUAAUGGAAACCAGUGACCAGUGAAGAGACCAUGGGCAGCACCAGUGGUACUGUUAAGGAAGGUGGAGGUUUAAUAUUAAGGGUAUUAGUGGAAUGAAGAAUGCAGCUACACUUUAUGGCAUCAACACUACACCUUUUCAAGGAUUAACAAUUUUCUCACUCUUGACCCAGCCAGUGGGUAGUGGAAGUGAAAAAAAGAAUACCAACAAGCCUUAAAGCUCAUACAGAGACUGAUUUCAACUGAUUAUUGGUAGUUUAAACAAUACAUUUUUUGGGUUGCCCGAUAUGCAUAAUAAUAAUACAAAUCGGAGCAUCUGUACCACAGACAACAAAUGAAAUCAGGAAGUCAUUGACCACUGCACCACAGUGUGACAGAGAAAGAAUUAAUUUUGGUUAUAAAUCUCCCUCCCGACCUGUGAGGGCGCUGUGUAAAGGGAACAGUGUGCCCCGGACUGGAUGGUUUGGCAUUCAUUCCAGGGUCAGUCGGACAUCCAGGAAGGGGGCGGAGCCACAGUACACCAAGUCAUCACCGCAGACGGGUGGCAAUGUGGCAAUCGCGGAUUGGAGGAAAAGUGAUUGCAAUCGCUAACCAAAGGGCCGUGGCUGAAGGUACAAAAGGGAAUGUGGCCUAGCGAACUGCUCCUUUGUUAUGAUUGCAAGAGAACUGCUGAAGGACUGUGAUAAAACUAGACCAUGGAUGAGGCAAUUGAACCGAUGGAGUGUUUGUCCCACCUGAGUCGGCAGCUGGAACAGUCCCUGGUGUGUAAUUUCAACAGAGACAUAAGUUACAACAUGACAGUGCAAGUAUGCGGUGAAUAUGUUAAUUUUAAAGGCUGCAUGAACAUGACAAUGGAUGACCAUGACAACAGAUACGUACUAAACACAAAAGAAUUUUUAGCUGUCGAGAAAUAUGAAAUUCACACCUUCACCACCUCAAACCGAUACAUCUCUCAAGUAAUAGACUUGAGACUUAUUAUUAAACCAAUGGCACCUUACAAUGUGAAUGCUUCUUAUUCAGAAAAACACCAUGCAUCUUACAUAACAUUUGACACGCCAUAUUCUGCAUUACCGUCAAAAGAUUACUUGACAGAAAAACUUGUCCAUUCUGUUGCCUUCAGAAUUCAGAACAAUGGACAAUGGGAGUAUCAAAACAUAACAUACCAGCCCCUCAAGAUUGAAGGGAAGUAUCUAAAACCUGACUUCACUUAUGAAGUUAAGUGUCGCUCUAUCCCUAAUGGGGACUAUUUUAAAGGCUAUUGGAGUGACUGGAGCAAUGUGGCAACUUUUAAAACUCCUGCAGUACAUAAAAAUCCUGAUAAAUCUGUAUUACUUUAUACACUCAGCCCUGCCAUCUUAAUUCUGCUGCUCAUCAUCUUUGCAAUUGCUUUUGUGCGCUGGAAGGAAAAUAUAGUAUUGUGUCUUUGGCCAAGUAUUCCAAACCCCAAAAAUACUUUGGAGCAAAUGUACAAGAAGCAAGGUCGGGGUCAUAAUGCAAGCUUCAACCCGGAGACAUUCGGAGACCACAAUAUUCACAUGGUUAAUGGAAUGGAAGAAAAGGUUAUCGGUGAAUGCCUGCUUUUCCCUUCUCCUGCUGACCCACCGGACACACAAGAGAGGAGUCAGGCGAGUUUGCAUCUGAAAAACGAAUUGCCAAAUGUGGUGGUGUCCCAGGCCCAGGACCAAUGGCUCCUGAGUGAAAGAUGCAAUGAAGAUGGUGCUGACCCUCAGGCUACCUCAGAUAUAGAAGGCUGCUCUCCUGGGAUUACAACCUCAGGAAGUAACCCCUCAAACAAUGAGCCUGCACGUGACAGUGUGUGUGCUUUAAACCCUCAGGUGGGUUUUCAAGUGGGUCAGGCAACUAGACGAGAUGAGGCAUAUGUCACAAUGUCCAAUUUUUAUAAAACGCAAUGAAUUGUACCCACAUGUAACAUUUACUAAUGCAUCCACACGUAGGCAUCUCCCAAGACUCAAAUCAAGGAGUCAAAGGACCAACUCUUUUUGGAGUAAUUUUCAUAUUAUGGGCUAUUUUUUAUUACUCUAUCUACAGUAAUUUAAUUAAGUUUCUUUGUGGUGUAUAUUAGCACAGUACAUCAAGUAGCAAUAUAAAAUUGACCAUGGUUGUUGGCUAUGGCUUACACUAACUGCAAAAGCAUGUUUUUAAUAUUGUAAAUCAAGGCAUUAUAUAGUCACAAUCCAUUGCUGGUCAGUCAAAGGAUUAAGUGAUGUGUAUUUAACUUUUUGCAAUUUUAGCUAAUUACAUAUAGUAAAUGUAAGUUUUUUUUUUUUUUUUUUUUACUGUCUAAAUGUGUAUUAAUAGUACAAUGAUUAGUAAUAGCAAGUAGAAUAUUAUUUUAACAUGAUUCAUUCAAAGUGCAUUGGCUGCUAAUGGUCUUACAGAGUUAAAAUCGUUCUGCUUUUUUAUUUUGCAGUAAAAGUUUUAUGAAUUAAGAACAAGAUUCUCAAACAAUCCUGCAGUAUACCUCAGAAUCUCCAUGGGUUUAAUAAACUAGCAUAAUAAUCUCAA